AUGUUUGAUUGGAACGACGAAGAGUUAACAAGCAUAAUAUGGGAUGCAGCUGAGGGCAGUGACAACCAUAUCGUACCUUAUCCAGGGGCAAGUGAAGCUUAUAGCAGAAAGAGGGAAUGGACUCAUGAAGCUAGUAACAAUAAGCUAGAGGAGCAGAAAGCUUUUGUAACUGAAGUUGCUACCAAUGGCGAAAAGCCGGAGAGCACUUCAAACGUCCACAAUAGUGAAGGAACUUCAACCUCAGGAUAUCACAUGGACCCUUGGCCUGCCAAAACUAAUCAGGAUUCCUUUGAAACUUCUGGGUCUAGUUUAAGUGAGAUUACCAAAUUUGACUCUUCUGGAGUAGAGGCAGCCAAGGCCAAUAAAGACCUUGAAAUUUACCAAAAUCCUGAUGAAGGUGAGGAACAAGCUGGCUUUGUUGAUUACAGUUGGGCUGAUAUUGGAAGCUUUGAUGACCUUGAUCGAAUUUUCAGCAACGAUGAUUCCAUCUUUGGUAAUGUAAAUCUUGGUACUUCUGAAGGGCUGUGGUCUUCCUCGAAAGAAGUGCCAAGUAGCCCAGAGAAAUCCUUACCCCUAUCCUCGGAGCCUCCCAGUUUAAAAGUAGGGGUCCCAGGGGGUACAUCCGUGCAGUUUGGAGUCAGAAAAGGAUAUGCACAACAGGAGGAGCAGCAGUUUGCCCCUGGUUAUGCGGGAGUGACUGAUCACACAUCUUCUGCUGCACAGAGUGCACAUGCCAUUGGGAAGUCCGCAGAAAAUGGUGGCACUGAAAGUGAUAUCACUGUUAAUGAGCAGACAGAUUUGAAAGGACAAAUAAGGGAUACUGCAGCGAACUCACGGCUAAUGGUGGAAAGUGCUGUAAUGUCCAAUAAAUUGGCGGAUAAGGUCCACAAGCAAAAGAAAAACUUGAAAGGUCGGAAAAAGAUGAUACAGAAAAGUCAAUUGAACUCAUGCCCAACUGCAUAUCAUAACUGGAAUACAUCGGGAACUCAUCCUAGUCAAUUCAAGGAUUUAGUUGCACCUCUCAUAGUGCAAUCUUCUCCUUCUCCUGUUCUCAGACAGCAAAUGCAAGUCUCCAGUCCUUUUGUGGCCUCCUCUGGAUAUGGGAAUGCUAAUCUAACAAACUGUUCAUCUGUGCCUGUGAUAUCUCAUGCUCAGUCAUUGGAAUUCAAGCAUCAGUCUGUGCCUCCUGGCUAUGAUGUGUCGACAAAUCAAACCUCCAUAAACAAUUUCAACAGCACUGCAGAGAAAGGUAAGAUGAUGACAUCUCAGGAAAAAAUUGAAAAAUUAAGGAGGCGACAGCAGAUGCGGGCUAUGCUUGCCAUUCAGAAACAGCAACAGCAGUUUGUUAAUCAUCAAGUUCCAUGCCGAGAUCAUUCCAUCAACAAAAGAGCAUGGGAGGAAACUCAAGUUCAGCACAGUAGUGGCGCAGCUGAUCUAGUAGGAGCUGAGGACCCAAGUAGCUUAUCUACUUUUGAGCUGGAAUCACCACUUGCUCAGGAUGAUUCUAGUAUGGUGUCUCUCCCUGUGAAACACUAUGGAACAGAAGAGUCAACCCUUCACCAGCUUCAAGAUAUAAUUGCAAAGUUGGAUGUCAGGAUUCGACUUUGCAUACGAGAUAGCUUGUUUCGCUUGGCUCAAAGUGCAACGCUAAGGCAUUCUGUGAACGAAACAAGAUGUACUAACAUCAGUUGCAAGGAUGAGCUUGCUCUUAAACAGAAAGCUACCAGUGGUCAUGACAGGAGUAUCAUGAUACAUGAAGAAGAAACCAAGACCAACCCAAUCGAUCGAAUCGUGGCUCAUUUGCUCUUUCAUAGACCUCGGGAACUGCCUGGAAAGCUUCCUGAUACUCCUGAGUCACCACCUGUUUCUUCCAAGCCCCCACUGGAAUGCAAGGGUGAAUCAGAAGAACAGCAAAUGAGCUUCCUCUCUGAGACACCAAGAGAUGAUCAACAAAACUUUUCGGGCUCUAGAACUUGCCUGUCAGGUGAUCACAACCCUACCGAUUCUCGGACUCAAAAUGUUACAUCAUCGGAAACGUCAGAGAAUGCAUCAAACAGCGUACUGGGAGGUGAGGUUGGUAGAGGUGUGGAAACCUCAAUAUGA